GGCUCAUGCGAGGUCAGCAAGUUAUCCAUGUCAACCAAGGUUUGUGACUGAUGCCACGAUAUGAAGACCAUCCUCAACACCAAAGUGUAGCCCACGAUGACACUCUGUAACAUGCACGUGUGUCGGAUGGGUCAAAUAAAUGGUUGACUAUGUGUCAUACACCCUUGCCGAGAGGCUCAUACACCAUAGGUCUCGAGUGUAGAUGGCUAUUUUCUGGAUAAGAGGUGCCGACGACUCGACACUGAGAGGCCUGGUUAUGGUGGGUGCAUCUCCGCCCAGGCCUUUGGUCAUAGAGAGAAGAUUCGUGUAUAAAUGUUAGAGUCGCCGCUCGAGUUUGGUCUGAAGAUCUCACUUUCAUCACCAUCCUCUGCGGCAGGAUCCUUAGAAGUCCUCAACCCACCGCUUCGAAGCCCUUUUGAACUGGUAGGCUCAAGAGUCAAGACCAUCUUGCCGGAUUUGAGCCAGAGCUAACGCACUUCAGCAGAACAACCCUCAAGAUGCUCCCCAAGCAGAUCCUCGCUUUCAGCGCCUUCCUGGCCGCCAUUGCCUUCGCUAGCCCUGUUCCGGCUCCCGCUGAGGACGGUCUCAUCAUCAUUGAGCAGACCAAGACCGAAAACGGAACCAUCACCAGGUAUGGCGAUGAAUCGACUCCCAUCACGGCCCGCUUCACCCCGUCACCCGAGCUCGACAAACGCUGCGGCUCCAACGCCGUGACCUGCUCCGGUUCCCACCGGGCCUACGCGCCCGUGUGCACCAACUUGAUCAACGGUCUUUCGAGCCAGACCAUCCCGCAGUCUCCUCGCUCGGUCUGCUUGAGCCAGGGCGGCAACCAGUGCUGCAUCAGCUGGGCGAAUGUCGUCCAGGAUGCGCAGUUCUGGUACCUGCAGUCCGCGGCCCGGAAGGCGCUGAAUGGCUCCAGGUAGUGUACAUAUAACACAUCAAUCAUUCACCAGAUUACCUCGUUUGGGAAAGAUCAAUUCGACGGACGUCGCCUUCCUAUUUCAGCUCAUUGUGCGCGGAAUCCACUGUGGUAGAGGUAGUAGUACUUGGACUAGA